AUGUUUGUGCAGCGGCGCCACUUCGUUGCUGUGGUGUCGGCAGCAAACUCCAGGGUCUCUGCUGCUAUAGCAGCAGCAGCUGUUGCUGCUGCUGCUGCUGAAUCAAGAUUUGCCUCGGCCUUCCAUCGCCGCUUCGCAAGUAGCAGCAGCAGCAGCGACAGCAGCAGCAGCAACAGCGGCAGCAGCAGCAGCAGCAGCACGAACAAGGCUACUUGUGCGUGUGGGUUGCAGCCUGCUGCUCCUGUUGCUGCUGCUGCUGCUGCUGCUGCUGGCUUCUGCGGGUUUAAGGGCAGCGGCGUGAAGUGGGGGGAAAUAGAAUUCCUCAGCAGCAGAAGCAGCAAACCGGGGGGGCAGAGCAGCAACUGCAGCAGCAGCAAAGUGCAGCUGCGGCUCGAAAUAAGGAAGCAGUCGUGGCUGUGUCUGCUGCUGCAGCAGCUGCUGCUGCAGCAGCAAAAGCACACCGUCACAGCAGCAGGGGUGCUGCUGCUGCACUGCCAAGACACCGCGUCGCAGCAGCAGAACAAAGCCAGGGUCAAGCAGCAGCUGCUGCUUCUGCUGCAGCAGCUGCUGCAGCAGCAGCAGCAGAAGCAGCAGCACAUCCCCAUCGAGCAAAGAAAAACUAUUCAAGAAAAAAGAGAAAGAAGAAAUAAACUCUUCGAAGAAAAAAGGAGAAACGCUUACCACAGAAAAUGGUUCUAA